GUUCACUGAACAGUAUGCUACCAAAGUAAAUAUCAUUAAAUUUUGAAUCACUUGCCAAGAAAUUUCUCUGGUUUUUCUUUUACAUCUAUCAGAAAGGGCAUCACUCAUACGGCUUGAACCUCAUGGAUUUUGCAGAGUUGCUGAUGUGUGAAGCUUACCCAGGCAUCUGUUUACGUGGACAUCUACUUGCCAGUUACGAUAAGCUUGUUCGCCCAGUAAAGAAACAGAAUGACACAGUAACUGUGGAAGUCCGUCUUGAUGUACUGUACAUCAGUGUUGGGAAUGCUGAAGAUUACAUUACUGUUGCUGGAAAAACCUUUGUGACAUGGACUGAUCAGUACCUCACGUGGACUCCUUCUCUUUAUGAAGGGGUUGAAAAUAUAACAAUAAGCAGUGAUGACAUAUGGACACCUGAUAUUACACUGGUCACUAUGAGUGCACUAGACUUCUCUCUUGCAAAAUUUCCAAGCACUGAGUGUACUUUGUACUCCACGGGGAAGAUAACUUGCUUGCCUUACACAUACUAUAUAGCACACUGUGAUCUUGACUUACAAAAUUGGCCAUAUGAUGUUCAUACAUGUACAAUGUGGUUUUCAUCUUGGUCUCACAGAGGCAAACUUGUGAAUGCAACUUUUAAUGGCAAAGGGCUUGAUACAACUCACAUGGAGAAGGAUCGUGUGUGGGAUGUGAUCAAGGCAGAGACAUCUUUAAUAGGCCAUGGUAGCUGGCCAAGUCUUGGCUUCAAAUUCACCAUGAAACGACAUGCAACAGGCCAUGAAAUACGAGUAGUGGUAGUAGGUGUAGUGUUAUGUCUGAUAACAUUAUUCUCUUGGUUCCUGCCUUCUGAUUGUGGUCAGCGACUUACAGUUUGUGUGGUGUCAUUGUUUUUGCACAUGUUCUGCCUGUUACAUGUGGCUUUUGAAAUAUACUUCUAUGGAAAAUCCGUUCCUCAUUUGGUGCUCCUUCUGCGUGACUCCCUUAUAAUAACAUGCACAUCACUGGUGGGGGCAGUGCUGUCACAAGGUUUGUUCUAUGCAUCAAGACCUGUGCCAAAAUGGCUUAAUGAGGUGAUAACAUCACCAGCAAGCCGUUUAUUAAUGUAUCCAACCAGUUUACCCUCACAACAGAGCACAGACAAAGAUGACAAUGAAGAUAAGACCAAUAGUCUAAAGACACCAGUUCCAAGUGAAUGGAAACUUGCAGCUGUUAUAUUAGACCGUACUGGUGUAUACAUAAUGACUCUUACUUACAUAAUCCUACUUGCAGUUACAAUUCCAAAAUACUGAUCUUGUGUAUGGUUAAUACAUCCACUGUGUGAAAGUAGAAUGAAUAUCAUCACAAAAAUGUAUGAAAUAUGUUUGAGGUUGUCAAACUGUAGGUGGCAAAUUAAAAUAAAAUGUAUAUAAUUU